UUGGUUAGUUCACACUAGAGCGAAAAUGGAUGUUGCAUUUCCCUAAGAGCUGCAGACACUACUUAUAUAUGUGAGGAGCUCAUAGUGGAUGGAAAACGGAAAUUGAGCCUUGAGAGGGGCCAUAGGAGAGGGACUUGAUGGUGAAGAUUUUCAAAGAGACUUGGAUAAGCAUAUUUCGAAAAUCAAGCAUAUUGAAGACCAGAUAAGAGAGUCACAUAACAAGAUGGAGUGCUUGAAAUGGAAAGUUGAAGAAGCUACACGUGCCAUGGAACGGUCUGAUGCAUUGAAAGAACACCUUGAAGAAAAAUCAAGGCUGUCCAGUAUGAAGAGAGGGGCCAUAGGAGAGAAAUUUGAUGGUGAAGAAUCUCAAAGAGACUUGGAAAAGUGUUUUUGGAAAAUCAAGCAUCUUGAAGACCAGAUAAGAGAGUCGAAUAACAAGAUGGAGUGCAUGAAAUGGAAAGCUGAAGAAGUUGCACGUGCCAUGGAUCGGUCUGAUGUGUUGAAAGAACACCUUGAAGAAAAAUCAAGGCUGUCCAGUAUGAAGAUGGAGCAAAUGAAAGCAGAACUUCAACAUGCCAAAUGUGCUGUGGAACUACUUUAUUCAAAGGUCCAGCAUCUUGAUGAUCAAGUGCAGACCAUGAAAGGGAAAAAUGAAUACGUAAGAAGCACCACAGAUGCGAGGAUCAAAUGUCUUGAAAAAGAAUUGGAUGAGUCCAGUAAGAAGGCCAUGGAAAGGGAAUGUGGAAAUGCUGUAAAUCCGGUGCAAGACUCUGAUGUGCAUACUGAGCAUCUUGAACACAUAUUAGGACUCUCCAGUAACAAGGCGGAAGACAUGGAAGGGAAAAUUAAUCAUGCUGAAUUUGCCUUGGAACAAUAUCAUGCAAAGAAGAGACAUCUUGCAGACGAAUUAAAGGAGUACAAACAGAAGUUGGUUGCCGCACACUUAUUCCAGGAACAUCAGGCAGCUGUGGCAUUGCUUGAGAAGGAGAAGUUAUUGAAGAAAAUUGAGAUCAUGAAGCAGGGGGAUUUAAGAGUACAUAACUAUUACACUAAAGAGAUUGAAGAACUGAAGAAGAAGAAAAAGAAGGAGGAGGACAGAGAAGCCUCUAAGAAAAAACUACUAAAUUGCAUAAAGAAGGUCAUGCCCUUCAGAGCAAGAACGAGUAAGUCACCAGUACCAGAGAUACUCAGUAAGGAGAAGAACAAAAGUCUGAAAUCUGACCUAAGAUCUGCAAGAAAACGGCAGAGUUGUAAACUCUGUGCAUAACAUAACACCGAGGGAGAGUUGUAUUCAUGUUUAUCUUUGAUGAAGAUAAUGACUUGUACACUCACUGAGCAUGUCUUCCAAGUAUUCUGCACACUUUGUCAACGAUUGUGUUUAAUUCCUUCCAGUCUCUGACAGAAAUAUUCAAUUUCAGACAGAAAACAAGAAGUACAAAAUGAAGAGCACAAAGUACUGAAGGUGACAGUGUAACUUUAAAUUAUUUUAUUUAUUAAUGGUAUUUCCAGCUUUGAAAUCACAAGGCAUACUUGAGGGCUGUUUUCCUUAUCACCAUUGUGUUUGGUCUGUAAGUUUUCAUAGCUUAGGAUGAACUUGUUAUGACACUUCUGUUAUCACUGUCCUUAGAGAGUCAUUUUAUUCUCUAGCUUGAAAGUUGUAUGUUAACAAUUGGAGUUUAAAAUAUUUAGCAAAUUGAGAAUAAAGGGAGAUUCUGAACCAUAACUUUUGUUCCUUUUCAUUUUAUCUUUAUGAUUUGUUCUCCAUGCUAAUCCCCUUUUCCAGUUUUGUGCUUCUUGUGAUUUUUCUCCCUUUUGGUGAAUGAGAGAACAAAGACUAUGCAAAUUGACAAAUACAAUCAACAUGCAUGAAAGAGGCUAAUAAAUAACACUGCAAUACUUGUGUCAUUUGUGUGUAUUCUUUGCACGAUGUUCAUGAAGUGGCCAUAGACAUGGUUAGUCAUAUAUAUCUGACCGUCCAUUGUG